AAAAACCACGUCAUUGAGUGCAUCCCGCAAUAUUGGCCUGAAUUUGCACCACUAUUCGGCUUGCAAUUCAAUAUUACACAGAAAUGUCAUUCUUGCUACAGAUUGACUAACCAUCUUCAACUAUUACAGCCUUUUCAAGCCUGUAGAUUGAAUCGCGGCCCUUCAGCCAAUCACGACACCGCGGCUCUUUAGCCUCAUUGGAUGGCUGCACCUCCCACCUUGAACUAACCUUAACCACCAAAUCAGUGCUGGCCAUCCUUACUUCCAACAACCACAUCUCAUCUACCAUCGGCUCCCGGCAUUGACGCUCAGGACGACGGACACUGUAUUAUCACCCUAUUAUAAUUAACGACGACUAUCGGAUCGCCCCCGCGACGCGCCGUUAUAUCAUAAUAACCCUUCCCUGCGCUGCCACAUCUUCCCGAACGGUGCUGGCAGAGACGCACAACAAACCGAAUCGACAACAACAGUCGGACGACAAGAUCUAUACGAGCGACUAGACACUGCGCCCGAGUGGCUGCAUUUUUCUACUCAUAAUGGCGGCGAGGAAACUGGCCCAAGAGGUCGACAAGUGCUUCAAAAAGGUCUCAGAGGGUGUGGCCGAAUUCGAAGCUAUUUACGAAAAGAUCGAACAAUCGAGUAAUCCUGCCCAGAAGGACAAGCUAGAAGAUAACCUGAAACGCGAGAUCAAGAAGCUCCAGCGACUGAGGGAUCAAAUCAAAACAUGGGCCGCCAGCAACGACAUCAAGGACAAGGCUCCCUUGCUGGAGCAUCGCAAGCUGAUCGAGACGGUUGGUCCCCGCCACUGACAACGGAAUGCCAUCCAGUAUUUUAUUGACGGUUGUAUCGGGUUUUUAGCAAAUGGAAAAGUUCAAGGCCGUGGAGAAGGCCAUGAAGACGAAAGCAUACUCCAAGGAAGGUCUAUCAGCUGCCGCCAAGCUCGAUCCCAAGGAGCAGGCAAAGGUUGAGGCCAGCGAAUUCUUAAGCGGCAUGGUCGACGAGCUGGAGCAGCAAAUCGAGACACUCGAGGCAGAGGGCGAAUCGAUACAGGCGACCAUGAAGAAGGGUAAAAACAACACCGCCAAGGCCGAACGCAUCGCCGAAGUCGAACGCAUUAUCGAACGACAUAAGUGGCACCAGGGGAAGCUGGAACUUAUCAGGAGAUCCUUGGAGAACGGCGGAGUUGAGCCCGAGCAAGUGACCGACCUGGAAGAGAGCAUUCGAUAUUAUGUGUCGGAUGGCAUGAAUGAAGACUUUAUGGAAGAUGAGGAGAUGUAUGAGGAGCUCGACCUUGAGGACGAGGAAGGCACCUACGGCAUGGGCGCGGAUAACGAGAAGAACUCUUCCCUGGAUGCGCAGUCUGUGCAAGAGGACCUUACGACCGACAAUGACUUGCCGAAGACACUGACGAGAAAGGCGCAGAAGGAGGCUGACCCAGUACGGAGGACAUCUUCUCAGACAAAGUCACCUUUACCUGCACUCGCGACACUCCAUGCUCCGUUACCGACUAUCAGCAAUAGCAAUUCGGGUACGCCGGCUAUGAAGCCAGCAUCAGUCCCUACAAGGCCCGCUGGAGAAGGACUCAAGUACGCAUCAGCAGCCGCUGCCGCUGCAGCGAGCGAUAAGAACAACGUUGGUAUCGCUCCGCUACCUCCGCCCCCUGGUGCCGCAUCAUCAAGCAUAUCCCCAUUGCCGCAAGCCCGAAGCAGCGCGACCAACUCUCCUGCGACAUCCUCUGCCCAGCCCGCUUCUCAACAACCAGAGUCAAAGCAGCCCACGCCAGCUCCUGCUCCUGCCGAGCCAGAACCUGUACCUGCGCCAGCCCCUGUGCCUGUCACCACGAAACAGUCCAAGCGAUCAAAGGCUGCUGGAAAACAAGCAGCAGUCCUCGAGGCCGCUCCAUCUUCAAAGGCUCCACGGACAAAUGGUACAGCCAAUGGUGUCAAGCAGACCGAGGAGGAGGAAGAAUGCAUCUACCACUUGCCAGCAUCGUUACAAGAUCUUGUUGACACAUAUGAGACGUCGAGAAAGCGGCCAUAUCCUCCAUCUGCGCCAUCAGCUCUGCGCAUGAUGACUGCCAGCCAGGCCAGCUGCCCCGAUAUUGUGGAUGCUGAUGUUCCACGAUCAUACCGACCCGACCAACCGGUACCCCCAACAGGGUCAGGAUUUCCCCGCGAGCCACUCGCUAUCUUCGAUGACCCGCGGUUAUACUCCCGUAUGGACCCUGACACUCUGUUCUACGUAUUCUAUUAUAAGCAGGGUACUGCCCAACAGUACAUGGCAGCCAAGGCUCUGAAAGAUCAAAGUUGGCGAUUCCAUAAGCAGUAUCAGACUUGGUUUCAAAGACAUGAGGAGCCUAAGAACAUCACCGAAGACUUUGAGCAAGGCACAUAUCGAUUUUUCGACUAUGAGAGCACAUGGAUGAAUCGACGCAAGGCCGACUUCAAGUUUGUCUACAAGUUCCUUGAGGAUGAGGUCUAAUCAACAGUGCUUCUUCACUGGAGAUUGAAGUCCAUUGGCCGUGUAUGAGAAAUAUGGGACGGAGCUAUCGGUUUUGGUUGGACGCACCUUGGUUUUGUGAACUCCUGGAGAGGGCGAAUUAAGAGCACAGAGAGAGUAAGAAAGGACUUAGGCGGCAACCUCAUCUUGCUUUCAUCAUCGGCUUUUGAUGUGCUUUCUGGAAUAGGUAAAUAUGCAACAUGCUACACGGGGCGUUAUCAACCUCAUUGUUUGAGAUAUGAAUACGAACCUUUUGAGUGCAGGGCAUUGUCGCCCUGAACGACUAUUCUGCUGAAGUAUAUGGUCAAAUAUGUGUGGCUCGUUUGCCUCAUUAUAUCCGUGAUCAAUGUCUUCCCGAAGGAACUGGUUCCUUGGAUGGUCUAGACCCUCUGCAGCUCGACAGCCUCUCUUUCAGCCAGUGCAGCCUCAGACUCGGUAGGCGUUAGGGCAAGGCUCUCUUAGUGGCGUACAAUGAUGUGAGGUGUUUCAUUCCUCCGUGACUGACUGUACGGUGUCUGCAUUGACGUGGCACGUCCUGAACCGUAGCCAAGGUGAAGCGUUCAGAUUGGUGAAAUUUGAGGUCCAGUUCGGUGAACAACCCAAUAUCUGAGGGCUGCUGCAUUGCUACCCAAAAGCCGAGAAAAGAGUUAAGAGUGUUGGAUUUCUCGACUACUUGAAUGUAGAUAGACCCGGUCUCCAUAGGAAGACAGUGAGGCACUCUUCGGGUUCAUCAAGCUUCCUCUUCUUGUUGUCUCAACGAUUUAUACACAACCGGCGUGGGCUAGUCGCGUUACCGCCAUCGAGGCGAUGCUACACCUGUAGCACAUUUCAAGUCAUCGCAGACAACGUGGCUUUCGGAUAUGGGAAAAUAGUCGAGUGGACAAAGCACAAGAUGAGGGCCCUUGUCGCCCCAGGCGACACAGUUACAGUUUCGUUUGUCCUCUUAGCAAUUCCUUUGGAUUGUUAAACCUGAGCUGACAUGUGUAUGACUUGAUCAUUGAUGGCACACUUCAUCAACGAUAAGGUUGCCAAAAUUGCGUCGUCAGUUGGAUUCAGGGCUAGCGAAUGGGUGCUCUGCUUGCCUUGUCACCUAUGACGCGGGCGCCUUUUUCUGUGCCAUCGUCAUUAUGCCUAUCAGACUCUGCCGAGGCGACUUUCAGCAGCGUCCGCCAUCCAGCGCUCUUGUCGGUGAGGGAUACCCUCUUUCGAAUGGCAAGCUUGCGGCACAGUUCUGCGCUUGCUGCUAUAUCGUCAAAGACUCAAAGUUAAGGGUGCCCACUUGGGUAACAAGAUCGUCGCCCCCAACUGCAUCGGCGUCACCGUGCAAGUCGACUGGGAUUUGAAACGAAACCAAUGCAGGAUACAACAGGAAGGUUUCUAGAAUGCUUCCAUGCUUGUCAACUUCUCAAAGAUUCGGAUACGAGAUCCCUCGCAAGCGAAUGUCAAUUCCAUGGUUCGGGUGGCAUGGAUUGGCUUCCCGGCGAGCUUGUCACGGAUGGGGAAAGGGUCCUAGUGAGUCUGAUGACCCUGUCGAAAACGAUCAUGAUCUCAUAGCGGGCGAACCAUUUUCAACUGCUUCUCUUGCACUUGACACUUGCUACUCCAGUCAGCCUCACUAACACUCCUCGAACUUUUCCCUGAGAGCUCAACUACACUAUUCGGUGUGUUGACUUGCCAGGUACAACACAUUGGCUCUGAUAGACGCAGCGAGUUACACAACCCAGACCACCACCAACCUUGUAAUUCAAGCAGAUAAGUGGGAUCAGAAAGGUGUGUGGGAGAUGCUAGAAUGAUGAUGCUGGGUUUAUUUUUGUCUGUGCUCUGUUCUGCUGCAGACCUCGAAGGUUACUGUUGUUGGCUGUUUGUCCCAUGUUGCCAAUUGAGCACUGGGACUGGCUCACAGGUGCCAUGACCAAAGAUCAGAAUUCCUUAGCUGGUCCGAGUCUAGGCAGCAAAAUAUCGUUGUUGAUUGAGUUAAUUGAUCGACACAUGGCAAAG